AUGGCGCCGAAGAAGACGCCCAAGGGCAAAUCCGGUUUCGUCGGCGUGAGGGCGAAGCCCUCCGGGAACUUCGGAGUGGAGUUCUCUGACGCCGGGCGGCGUUGGUGGCUCGGCACGUAUCCAACCGCCGAUGAGGCCGCGCGUGCCUACGACGUGGCGGUGCGGCAUGCCGGACGGCCGAAGACGGACCUCAACUUCCCGGACGUCGAAACCCGGGCGGUGGCAGAGUGGCUCGUGCCGCAGGGCAUCCAGAUGAAGGAGAUGCGGGUGAAGAUGGCGAAGAAGAGACCGGCAGUUGUCGUCGCUCCCGGCGAGAGCGACGAGGCAACGAUGGCUCGAUUUGCGCGAGAGCAUCCGCAGUACGUCCAGGCCGAGCUGGAGCACUACUAG